AUGAAUCGAAAAGCACAAAAGGAUAAACAAUGUAAAAAAUUAAAAAAUACCAAUCAAGAUUUAUUAGUUAUUGAAUAUUCUCAUCUAAAACGCCUUAUUUUGAAUGAAGCUCAUGAUGAUUAUGUUAAACAAUUUCUACUUGAUACGAAAACAUGUUUACCAUAUGGUCUUGAUCUUCAUGUCGAUUAUAAACCUUUAAAGAGGGUAACAUACAAUUUUAAACGAAAUGCAACACGAAUUAAUUGUUCACAGGUGAGAUAUAUAUGUUCAGAUACAGAUCUUCGAUUUCCAAAACAUUUCAAAGAUUAUUUUCUUGAUAUUGAUAUAUCAUAA